UCCCCAGUUUACAAUUCAGACAUACAACAUAUGACUACUUAAGCGACGGCAAAUCAUAGACAACAGCCGCAUUCUACGUCUCACCGGAAGUUCAUAAUCAGUUUGCCGUUCCGCUGUGGGUGUGCAUUAUAGGAAGCGGAAGUGAAGCUGAUCUGAUGGCGCAUUACUAAGACCUCAUAUUUAGCAAGGAGAAGACUAGCAUCUUGGAAACAUGGAAGCAAUAGCUUCUAACCCUGUUGGAGGGUCAAAUGGUUUAGAAGAGCCGAAAAAAAUGACCAGGGAGGACUGGAGGAAGAAGAAAGAAUUGGAAGAGCAGAGAAAAUUGGGCAAUGCACCAGCUGAAGUGGAUGAAGAGGGAAAAGAUAUCAAUCCUCAUAUUCCUCAGUAUAUUUCCUCUGUUCCAUGGUAUAUAGACCCUUCAAAAAGACCUACACUAAAGCAUCAGAGGCCCCAGCCAGAGAAGCAGAAAGAAUUUACACAAGGAGAAUGGUAUAAGCGAGGGGUCAAAGAGAAUUCUGUUUUAACAAAAUACCGCAAAGGAGCCUGUGAAAACUGUGGUUCGUUAACACAUAAGAAGAAAGAUUGCUUGGAGAGACCUCGAAAAGUCGGAGCAAAAUUCACAGGAACAAACAUUGCACCUGAUGAGCACUCGCAGCCUCAGCUGAAGUUUGACUAUGAUGGAAAAAGAGACCGUUGGAAUGGCUAUAAUCCAGAAGAGCACAUGAAGAUUGUAGAGGAAUAUUCCAAAGUUGAUUUGGCGAAGCGCACACUGAAAGCACAGAAACUGCAGGAAGAGUUGGCUUCAGGAAAACUGACAGAGCAGGUGAGCUCUCCAAGACAUCAAUGGGGUGAAGAGGAACUAAAUUCACAAACGGAAAGAGAUCAUAACAGUGAAGAUGAGGAUGAAGACAAAUAUGCAGAUGACAUUGACAUGCCUGGGCAGAACUUUGAUUCCAAGCGCCGCAUUACGGUCCGGAACUUGCGUAUUCGAGAAGAUAUUGCCAAAUACUUGCGGAAUCUAGAUCCCAAUUCAGCAUACUAUGACCCCAAGACGAGAGCAAUGAGGGAAAAUCCAUAUGCCAAUGCAGGAAAGAAUCCAGAUGAGGUCAGUUAUGCAGGGGAUAACUUCGUUCGUUACACCGGGGAUACCAUUUCAAUGGCACAAACGCAGUUGUUUGCUUGGGAGGCUUAUGAAAAAGGCUCCGAAGUUCAUCUCCAGGCUGAUCCCACAAAACUUGAACUCUUGUACAAAUCCUUCAAAGUGAAGAAAGAAGACUUCAAGGAACAGCAGAAAGAGAGCAUCCUGGAGAAGUAUGGAGGAGAAGAACAUCUGGAUGCCCCACCAUCUGAAUUACUGCUUGCUCAAACAGAAGAUUAUGUGGAAUAUUCUAGACAUGGAACAGUCAUUAAAGGCCAAGAAAAAGCUGUUGCUCGCUCUAAAUAUGAGGAAGACAUUAUGACCAACAAUCACACAUGCAUUUGGGGUUCCUAUUGGAAGGACGGCAGAUGGGGAUAUAAAUGCUGCUACUCAUUUGUCAAGUAUUCCUAUUGCACAGGAGAAGCUGGAAAAGAAAUUGCUAAUGAUGAUGAAGGAUUGCCUGCUGGAGACCCAAAUAAGGAAGAGUAUAUGACUGCUCCCAAAACUCUUGUAGAGAUGCAUCAAGAAAAACAGAGAGAAGAGAAAAAGAAAAAGAAGAAAAAGCAUAAGAAGAGUACUAGUUCUGAUAGUGAUGGAGAAGACAGAAAGAAACAGGAAAAACUGAAAAAGGCACUAAAUGCAGAAGAAGCCCGUCUCCUCCAUGUGAAAGAGAUCAUGCAGUUAGAUGAGAGAAAGAGGCCAUAUAACAGCAUGUAUGAAAGCCGGGAGCCAACAGAAGAGGAAAUGGAGGCCUAUCAAAUGAAGCGUCAGCGGCCAGAUGAUCCUAUGGCCUCUUUCUUGGGGCAGUAGCAGCCGUGAAAAGAACUCAUACGCCUACAGGCAGUGUGUUUAUACUUGGUGAUCCGUGGACACACCUCAUAUCAGUUUUCUGCACUGUGUAUAUAUAAGCAAUGUUCUGCCAAAAGAAUGGGAGUUUUCUGCAGAUUUUUCACCUGAAGAUACCCAGAUUCAGAUCCAACCAGCCACCAGCAAAAGUUGUGGACUUUCUGUGCGUUGUUCCUCCAAGCACUUCUUUUCUCGAAAAAUCAUUCCUGAAGUCCCACCUUAACUGACAGUAUGAACAGAUUAGGUAGCUGCAGUGAGGAGAGGAAGAAAUAGAGGAUGAUUGCUACUGCUUGCCAACAGAGCUCCUGCCACUCCCAGAAUAAUCUUUCCGGUGGUCAGAAGAGACUAGAAAUUGGUGGCACGAAAGACCAAAGAUCAAUUGCCAGCACAAUUCCAUAGGGUCAGUAGGUAUCACUUGUUGAAAAAUGGAGGGUUCCGAUUUAACCAAUUCGGACUCUUGAAGACAGCAAGAGAUCUGUUGCUUUGAUGUGGCUAGUAUAUAACUGUAGUAAUCUGUCCUUUAAUUUGUAGAUUUUACAGAGUUAAUAAAAAACCCUUAAAGUUA